ACCAUCUCAUGCCAGUCAGAAUGGCUAUUAUUAAAAAGCCAAAAAAUAACAGAUGCUGGGAAGGUUGUGGAGAAAAAGGAAUGCUUUUACACUGUUGGUGGGUGUGUAAAUUAGUUCAACCCCUGUGGAAGACAGUGUGGCAAUUCCUCAAAGACCUAGAGGCAGAAAUACCAUCAGACCCAGCAAUCCCAUUAUGGGGUAUAUACCCAAAGGAAUAUAAAUCAUUGUCUUAUGAAGAUACAUGCAUGCACACAUAUGUUCAUUGCAGCAGUAUUCACAAUAGCAAAGACAUGGAAUCAACCUAAAUGCCAGUCAAUGAUAGAUUGGAUAAAGAAAAUAUGGUACAUAGAGCGGGACGUCUGGCUUCUGAGUAGUGCCAGUGAUGAAAGAGAGAAUUAAAUAUGGGUGAUGUUGAGAAAGGCAAGAAAAUUUUUGUUCAGAAGUGUGCCCGGUGCCACACCAUGGAAAUGGGAGGCAAGCACAAGACUGGGCCUAAUCUCCAUGGUCUCUUCCGGUGGAAGACAGGUCAGGCCAUUGGAUUAUCUUACAUAGACACCGAUAAGAACACAGGCAUCACCUGGGGAGAGGAUACACUGAUAGAGUAUUUUGAGAAUCCCAGCAACUACAUUCCUGGAACAAAAAUGAUCUUUGCCGGCAUUAAGAAGAAGGCAGAAAGGGCAGACUUGAUAGCUUAUCUCAGAAAAGCUACUAGUGAGUUAUAACUGGCCACUGCCUUAUAUUACAAAACACAAAUAUCUCAUGACUUUUUUAU